UAUAUCUUUAGGAUCCAAGACCCGGGCCAUUGGGAAUGCGGCAAAGAGCCAGAUUGUCACAAAUGUAAAAAAUACAUUACAUGGUUUUAAAAAACUUCAUGGAAGAGCAUUUGAAGAUGCUUACAUACAAUCUGAAAGGGCCAAGCUUCCCUAUGAACUUCAGAAGAUGCCAAAUGGUUCCGUAGGAGUGAAGGUGAGAUACCUAGAUGAAGAGAGACUGUUUGCAAUUGAACAGAUUACAGGAAUGUUGUUGGCCAAACUUAAAGAGACUUCAGAAAGCGCUUUGAAGAAACCAGUGGCAGACUGUGUGAUUUCAGUACCUAGUUUCUUCACUGAUGCUGAGCGAAGAUCUGUAAUGGCGGCUGCACAGAUUGCAGGAUUAAAUUGUCUGAAGCUGAUGAAUGAAACUACAGCAGUUGCCCUAGCCUAUGGAAUAUACAAGCAAGAUCUGCCAGCCUUGGAAGAGAAGCCAAGAAAUGUGGUCUUUGUAGAUAUGGGGCAUUCUGCGUAUCAGGUUUCAAUCUGUGCAUUUAACAAGGGAAAACUGAAGGUCUUGGCUACUACCUUUGACCCUUACCUAGGUGGCAGGAAUUUUGAUGAGGCUUUGGUAGACUACUUCUCUGAAGAAUUUAGGACAAAAUACAGACUGAAUGUAAAAGAGAAUCCCCGAGCAGUGCUACGAUUGUAUCAGGAAUGUGAAAAACUGAAGAAGCUUAUGAGUGCAAAUGCUUCUGACCUCCCACUCAAUAUUGAGUGCUUCAUGAAUGACCUUGAUGUCUCCAGUAAAAUGAACAGAAGUCAGUUUGAGCAGUUGUGUGCUGCCCUUCUGUCCAGAGUGGAACCUCCUCUAAGAGCAGCCAUGGAUCAAGCUAAACUUCAACGUGAAGAUAUCUACAGUAUAGAAAUAGUAGGUGGGGCUACUAGAAUUCCAGCAGUAAAGGAACAGAUCUCUAGCUUUUUCUGUAAAGAGAUAAGCACCACACUAAAUGCUGAUGAAGCUGUUGCAAGAGGCUGUGCCUUGCAGUGUGCAAUUCUUUCCCCAGCUUUUAAAGUGCGUGAAUUUUCCAUCACAGAUGUUGUUCCUUAUUCUAUAACGUUAAGAUGGAAAUCAUCUUACGAGGAAGGAACAGGGGAGUGUGAAGUCUUCAGUAAGAACCAUUCUGCUCCAUUCUCAAAAGUAAUUACUUUCCACAAGAAAGAGCCUUUUGACCUGGAAGCUUUCUACACCCAUCCACAUGAAGUGCCUUAUCCUGACUCCAGAAUAGGGCGUUUCACUAUUCAAAAUGUUGGUCCCCAACACGAUGGUGACAAUUCCAAAGUGAAGGUUAAAGUGCGUGUCAAUAUUCACGGCCUUUUCAGUGUGGCUAAUGCCUCUAUCAUAGAGAAGCAGAACAUAGAGGGCGAUCAUAAUGACCCACCCAUGGACACUGAAUCAUCAAUUAAAAACCAAGGCAGAGAUGAUGAGCUGGAUAAAAUGCAGGUUGAUCAAGAUGAAGGUAUUCAGAAGAGUCAAGCUGAACAACAGAAUCAAGCAGAUGAGGAAACUGAAAAUGCAGGAACUGAAACAAAAACUGCUUCUGGAGACAAGCAAGAUCAUCCAGCCCAGCCGAAGGCUAAAGCAAAAGUUAAGAGUAUUGACCUACCUAUACAGGCAAGCCUCUAUAGACAACUGGGACAAGAUCUUAUCAAUUCCUAUAUAGAAAAUGAGGGGAAGAUGAUGAUGCAAGACAAGCUUGAGAAGGAAAGAAAUGAUGCUAAGAAUGCUGUUGAAGAGUAUGUGUAUGAUUUCAGAGACAAACUGUGUGGAGUCUUUGAGAAAUUCAUCACUGAAGAAGAUUCAAACAAGCUGACCUUGAUGUUAGAGGACACAGAAAACUGGCUUUAUGAGGAUGGAGAGGACCAGCCAAAGCAAGUAUACAUGGAUAAGCUUCAGGAAUUAAGAAAAUUUGGACAGCCAAUUCAGGAAAGAUACAUGGAACAUGAAGAGAGACCAAAAGUUUUAAAUGAACUGGGAAAGAAGAUUCAGCUCCUUAUGAAAGCAGUAGAAGCAUACAAAAAUAAGGAUGAAAAAUAUGAUCACCUAGAUCCUGCUGAGAUGGAGAAAGUUGAAAAAUACAUUAACGAAGCUAUGAAUUGGUUGAACAGCAAAAUGAAUGCCCAGAACAAACUAAGUCUAACUCAGGAUCCAGUUGUCAAAGUGGCAGAAAUACUGACAAAAUCUAAGGAAUUGGAUAGCUUCUGUAAUCCCAUUAUAUACAAACCCAAACCGAAGAUAGAACCUCCCAAUGAUGGGCAGUCAAAGGCCAAUGGUGAACACAAUGGACCAGUGAAUGGACAGAGCGGUGCCGAAACAAAACCUGAACCAGCAAAGGACAGUUCUCAGCAGACCAAACCACCUGGAGAAAUGGAAGUGGACUAAAUCUAGCAUUUCUUUUACUUAAUUAAAAUAGUACAAGUAACCACAGGGUCCAUUCUUUUUGUCUGGUACACACCUCAGAUGUUCAUUUAUUCUUAGCCAACCUUCUGUCAUUUGUUGCUGAGUAGUUUUGAAAGUGUUUUAUAUUAAGUACACUUCAGAUGUUCAUUUCCACUGAUGCUGCUUAUGUGGAGCUUUAGCCAAAUGUAGAUUGUGUAAGUCAGUUUAAGCUUUCCCCAAUAUAUUUUAUAUCAAACAUACAGAAUUGAUAUAUAAAUGGCAACAAUCUACCUUAUUUAAAGCUUUUAUUGUGGAUAAAACCUCAGCUCCUUUAUUCAGGAAAGGAUACUGUAUUGCACUACUGAUGCUCAAGUGUAGAUCUAAUUGCAUCUUUAUUUUGGAAAAAUAUUGGAAUUGAAGUGGCAACACGUCACUUUAAGCACUGACCUUUUCUAGUUAUUGUAUUGUUAUAAUUUAAAUAUUAAAAUAGAGGUUAGUUGGCA